GGCGCCCGGCCCCCGAGCCCUCCGCGGCUCCCUCCCGGACGCUCGGGCUCGCGCGGCCCCGGCAUGGCUGGCCGCUGAGCCAUGGCUCAGUACGGCGCCCCCGGGCCGCUCGGCAUGGCUGCGAGAGAGGAGCUGUACAGCAAAGUCACCCCGCGCAGGAGCCGCCAGCAGCGCGCGGGCACCAUCAAGCACGGGUCGGCGCUGGACGUGCUGCUCUCCAUGGGCUUCCCCAGAGCCCGCGCACAAAAGGCCUUGGCAUCCACAGGAGGAAGAAGUGUUCAGGCAGCAUGUGACUGGUUGUUCUCUCACGUCGGCGACCCUUUCCUGGAUGACCCCCUGCCCCGGGAGUACGUCCUCUACCUCCGACCCACUGGCCCCUUAGCACAGAAGCUCUCCGACUUUUGGCAGCAGUCGAAGCAGAUCUGUGGGAAGAACAAGGCACACAACAUCUUCCCCCACAUCACCCUCUGCCAGUUCUUCAUGUGUGAGGACAGCAAGGUGGACGCCCUGGGGGAAGCCCUGCAGACCACCGUCAGUCGCUGGAAAUGCAAGUUCUCAGCCCCGCUGCCCCUGGAGCUCUACACAUCCUCCAACUUCAUUGGCCUCUUCGUGAAGGAAGACAGCGCCGAGGUCCUCAAGAAGUUUGCCGCCGACUUUGCUGCAGAGGCUGCAUCCAAAACAGAAGUCCAUGUGGAACCUCAUAAGAAGCAGCUUCAUGUAACCCUCGCUUACCACUUCCAAGCUAGCCACCUACCCACCCUGGAGAAACUAGCUCAGAACAUUGAUGUCAAACUUGGCUGCGACUGGGUGGCCACCAUAUUCUCACGAGAUAUCCGGUUCGCUAACCAUGAGACAUUACAGGUGAUCUACCCCUACACCCCACAAAAUGAUGAUGAGCUGGAGCUGACCCCGGGGGACUUCAUCUUUAUGUCUCCCAUGGAGCAGACCAGCACCAGCGAGGGCUGGAUCUAUGGCACCUCCUUAACCACAGGCUGCUCCGGGCUCCUGCCCGAGAAUUACAUCACCAAGGCUGACGAGUGCAGCACCUGGAUAUUUCAUGGUUCUUACUCGAUCUUAAACACAGCAUCUAACGCUCUCUCAUUUGGUGAUGGCAUGUUGGAGAGGCGGCAGUAUGAGGACCAGGUUCUGGGGGAGACGGCGCCCCUGACUAUCAUCUGCCAGCCCACGCAGCCUCUGAGGGUCAGUAGCCAGCCCGGCCCUCAAAAGAGAUGCCUCUUUGUGUGUCGGCAUGGUGAGAGGAUGGAUGUUGUGUUCGGGAAGUACUGGCUAUCCCAGUGCUUUGAUGCCAAAGGCCGCUACAUACGCACCAACCUGAACAUGCCUCAUAGCUUACCUCAGCGGAGUGGUGGUUUCCGGGAUUAUGAGAAAGAUGCUCCGAUCACCGUGUUUGGAUGUAUGCAAGCAAGACUGGUGGGGGAAGCCUUAUUGGAGAGCAACACUAUUAUUGACCAUGUCUACUGCUCCCCAUCGCUGCGCUGCGUUCAGACCGCAUACAACAUCUUGAAAGGUUUACAACAAGAAAAUCACUUGAAGAUCCGUGUCGAGCCUGGCUUAUUUGAGUGGACAAAAUGGGUUGCUGGGAACACAUUACCUGCGUGGAUACCUCCAUCAGAGUUAGCUGCCGCCAACCUGAGUGUUGAUACAACCUACAGACCUCACAUUCCAGUCAGCAAAUUAGUGGUUUCAGAAUCCUAUGACACUUACAUUAGUAGAAGUUUCCAAGUAACAAAAGAAAUAAUAAGUGAGUGUAAAAGUAAAGGAAAUAACAUCCUGAUUGUGGCUCAUGCGUCUUCCCUAGAAGCGUGUACCUGCCAACUUCAAGGUCUGUCACCCCAGAACUCCAAGGACUUUGUACAAAUGGUCCGAAAGAUCCCAUAUUUGGGGUUUUGUUCCUGUGAAGAACUAGGAGAAACUGGAAUAUGGCAGCUGACAGACCCACCUAUCCUUCCUCUUACCCAUGGACCAACUGGGGGCUUCAACUGGAGAGAAACCUUGCUACAAGAAUAAACCACACCAGUGAACGGGAAGAAAAGGCUCUAGAAAGCCUUCGGGAGCAGUGUGUUUCUGUGUGUUUAGUAACCGUGGCAAAGUCUACACCACCUUCUAAGUGGACAGCUCAGAAUAAUUUAGCAGAUUUCCUUUCGUGCUUUAAAGCUCUGAUGGUGAGACUGUGUCAAUGAGACAAGGACUUGAUUCAGGGAUAAAAUUCAUUGUCUCUGGAUGCUUACCUAGCUAACAAGGCUUUCGAGAAUUGUCUUCAUAAAUCAAGGCACCUGCUACAGCAGAGGACGUAUUCUUCCUUCAGUGCAUGGCUAAGGAGUCGGAGUGCUCUCAAAGGGAGCACAGCCUGCUCUAAGGAAGAAUGCAAGAGGAGGGAGUGUGUCCAGAAUGCAGCUGGAGAGACACUGAGCUGCCAGUUUGCUGAUGGGAUUUUCUUUUUAUCUCCAUGUUCCAGUUAGGCAAAGCCAAGCUGAGGAAUUCUUUUAAGGUUAUUAGAGAACAUGCCCCUGCCGAGAGUUGUUCUUAGAUUACACAUCAAACUCUACCCUCCAUAUGACCCACACACCAGUGCUGCUGGCUCAAGAUGCCUGCUUGAGGACCCACAGCUACCCCGUUACUGCCACAUUUUCUCUAGAGCAGCUGGCUACAGCUUUUUGCUACGACCCUUCCCCUUUGCUUCUAUCUGUGAAACGGGGAGACGAAGCACUUUUGGAUACUCAGGAGGAAGAUAAAUGUGUGAAGUAUUCAAUUGCAGGAGCAAAGGACUUGCAAAAUAUAAAGUGACCUGGAAUUAUCCGUGUUUUACAGCACUUCCAAAUCACCAUGAUUUGCUUGUCUUUGCCCCUAGAGUCUAGCCUGUGGUAACUGGUUAAGGAUGUUGGGAAUUUGAAAGCAUGUACGUUCGCUCCAUUAUUUGAGUCAGCAAAAAGCUCAUUCCUGUGCAAUAUGGACAUCUUUACAAACCAUACCAAGGGUCAGGUCAUUGUACACUUAGAGUACCUGUCAAUCAGAACAUCCACCAAUGCAUCAGUUAUACCAGGGAUGUAUAAAGAAGUCAGGGAACUAAUUUAAAGGAUGACAGCCACGUUUGCUGUCUGUGCUGUCGUUUUUGUUUGUUUGUUUUUCUAUAACUUAAAAUAUGUAGGUAGGGCUACUUAAGAAAAGGUGGGAGAGCCGUAUCCUGUGGUUUCUCAGCACACCUGCUUCCCAAAUUCAGAGGGAGUUUAUUUAAAAGAAAAAUAAAUGACAAUCAAACUAAAACAUCAGUUAUCAAUGUGUAUUUAAUUGUGUGACUAGCUGACUGUUGGCAGCAGACAAUGGCCUGGUGCGGUAUAGUUCACUAUGUAUGUGCAAAUAAAAUCCCAGACACUUAAACAGUGUAAAACAAAUCAAUAUACGUGGUAGCACUGACUAAGCUUCAAAACCCAAAAACAUAUAAAACCUGGUAUAUCAAAAGAGAUUUAUGCUAUUUGAAACUGGAAUUUGAGGAUCUCUAAAAAGAAGGGGAAGUGAAAGGAUGCUGGUUAUGUAUGUUAACAAGAGGGUUACAGUUGGGGGUUUUUCAGGCCAGUUAGACAAAUAGAUCAUGAAUUUUAGAUUUUAAGACACCAGCACGAUUUAUUCUAGCAUUGCACAAACGUUCAUCCAGCUACUGGGUAUAAAAAUACUCUGUGCUGAUACUAUUGAGUAAUAGAAAUGCUUUAACCUUAAAAUGGGGGAAAUAUUCCCAUUAAAAGAUUCUAAAAGAAAAAUCACAUUAAGGCUGAUGUAAUGUCACUACUAUUCAUUCUUUUAUCUGUAAUGAAAUGAAUCUACUGUUUAAUCAGAUCUGUAAUGUUUAUUAGAUUCUCCACAAGUUUUCAUGGACUUCCAAUGUUCAGAAUAAUGCUUGAACGCCUUACCUCUGAUUUCCUUGAAAACUGUAGCAGUGUGUUCUGGGCAGCAUCUCUACCUGAACAGAACAAAGUUCAGGAUAGGUUAUCCUCUCCUUCCCUGAUGUCGGCCCAUGUCCUUAGCACAAUAGGUCAGAGCCUUAGGCUGUCAUCUAUGCGAGCAGGAGGCAGAGAUCUGAAAUCAUUUUCUGGAUAAUUUAGGUGGAAAACCCUGAAUUAAAGGGUUUAUUCCUCUGCUUUUGCUUAUCAAAUUGGCCUGAAUGAUCUGAAUUCACAUUAAACUCUCUUUUCACGUAUACCUAUUUAAAAAACUAAGACUCCAACUGAGUUCUUUGAAAAUCAUGUUGAAUCUAUGUGUAGUAAAAGGAAUGCACAAGUGUAUUACAUGAUUUCAUUUUCAUCCAAAAAUUCUAGGUUGAUAUCACAACCUGAAGUUCAGCUUGGUUCUUUCUGAUCUGAGGCUGAUGCUUAUUAAGAACAAAUGUUGGGGGCGGGGAAGACAGAAAAGGAAGGAAGGAAGGACAUCAAGAUAAGAAGAACCAAAUGUUUCUUGCAGAGAGGAUUUUUUUUUUUAAUGUAGAAAAUUAUGUGAAACGGAGAUGAAAUUAAGUAAAGGACUUAAUCUGGGAUUGAAACUCUGAAACAGUUUGCUGCUCGUACAAGUGUGCCCCAUCAAUCCAUUAAUGUCCCUGUAUUAUUCAUAGGUAGGACUUUGGUUUUGGUGAUUUUAACAUGCCACAUCUAUUCCUUGUGGACUAGAAUAAUUGGCACAUUUUAAUGCACAAGCUGGGGUCUCGCUUUCCCAGGCCCUCUUCUCCAUCACUGCAUCGGUAGCUAGGAGCUCAUUGCUUUGCCCCAGUGUGGAGUUAGAAUACAGUGUUUUCCAUUACAUUUAGAUUCACAGAAUCUGAAUGGCUGAUUAAAUGGCCAUCUGAUGGCUGAAAGAGGGGGGUAUUUUUCACCCUGUAGUGAAAGGCUUGAAGGAGUUUCUACUUUUUAUUUGAAUUAUACUUUAACCAAAGAAUUAUUUUAAAAUAACCUUAUAUUUAAAAGAUGAUUUUGCAAAAAAUAAAAAAUAAAAAAAAAUACUACUUCCUGGAGUCAUGUCAGUUUGGUAAAUCACUGUGGAUAAUUUUCUUGCAUUUUAGGCUGAUGUCAUUUCCCUGUCAGUGGUAUUUGGAUGCAUAUACACUGUCAUCCAACUGUGCUUAGCAUUACCAUAAAUGUAUCUUUUCCACUCAACUAGCUGUGUUCGUGUUAAAGGAGGUCUUCUAUUUGAAUUACCUAGUGUCAUCGGGAACUAAUUGAAGAUCUACAGGAAGAGAAGUUCCUAUCUCAUGGUCUUGCUAGAAAAGCAGCCCUAGUAACAAAAAGGGAGGCAUUCCUCCGUAACCUAGGCACUCUGCAACUCCAGUGUUUAAAUUUGAAAGCAGUGAUGAAUUGCUCUCUUGAAUCGACACUGAGUAAUGCGUGUGUUCGAAUACAGAUGAACCUCCCCUUAAUUUUCACAGGCAGAGUCACAACUCUACUGUGUCUGUACGAACUCCUCAGAUAAUGAGGCUCGGGGUCAUUUGCAUUUAAAUUGUAGUCCCAGCACAUUUGAGAACUGAGAGGCGCUAGUCAGGUUGGGGUGCCUUGCCAGGAGGGAUGACACUGGCCUUGGAGUGCAGAGAAAAGAGCAUUUUAACAUCUACUUAGGUUAAUAUUCACUUUACAAAGGUAAUGGUGGUGGUGGGGGGGGAUAUUUUGUUCAGUGACGGCAGAUGCUUUUCAUGUUUAAACAUAGGAUUCAAAUUGGAUUUGCUUCUCUUUAACACUUCAGUGUAAUGAAUUUUCCUAGGAAAGUAACCAGCUCUAAUGAAAAUUCAAGGGAAGGGGGAAAAUGCCGCUAAAGACAGAGGAAAUAACUUGAUCUUUAAAUACGUAUAAUAUUAUGUUCAGUGUAUGUAAGUUUAAAAUUAUAGUGAGGAGUAGUCAAACUUAAUAUACAAUCAGCUCUUAGGAGUGUUUUACACAGUACCACUUAGCUGCCAUUACCCACACAAAAAUCAGGAUUUUGCAGAUGUUUAACUAUUCUUGGACUCUGUACAGGAUACAUAUGUAUAACAGGAAAUGUGUGCUGGUUCUUUCUCUGAUUGCCACUCAAGAUGGGAACACCAUCCCAAAGCAUUUUGGUUAUGCAUAGACCAUUCUCAACCUGCUGUUUUGAGAGGUAUUAUUGGUUUCUUUCUCAUUUAUAAGGUUAUUGUAUCUUUUUUGUUUAUUCUAUGUGAUUCAGCUGUAUUUAUUUGAAGAAAAAGGUCUGUAAUUAUAAAAAAGGAAAACCACACCGAAUUGUAUUGCCAAAUUCCUUGUAAACUACCUGUGGCAUUUGCGCUUUCCUGGCUGUGUGCUCUUCCUCUGGAUACAGCUCUAGCACCAUUGUAAUUAGAUCAUUCCAUUCCAUGAGCAUCUCCGUUUAAGUGGUUCACAGAUGAUUUAAUAAAGAGGAACUGUGUCCUCAGUCAAUCCAGAGCAAUCUCCUCUUAA